AUGAGCGGCUGCGGGAAGAAGGCCCUGACCCUGCUGAGCAGCGUCUUUGCCGUCUGCGGCCUGGGUCUCCUGGGCAUCGCGGUCAGCACCGACUACUGGCUGUACCUGGAGGAGGGCGUGGUCUUGCCACAGAACCAGAGCACGGAGAUCAAGAUGUCCCUGCACUCGGGCCUCUGGCGUGUCUGCUUCCUCGUUGGUGAGGAGCGGGGCCGCUGCUUCACCAUCGAGUACGUGAUGCCCAUGAACACCCAGUUGACAUCCGAGUCCACCGUCAACGUCCUAAAGAUGAUCCGUUCCGCCACGCCGUUCCCGCUGGUGAGCCUGUUCUUCAUGUUCAUUGGCUUUAUCCUGAGCAACAUCGGGCACAUCCGGCCCCACAGGACCAUACUAGCCUUUGUCUCUGGCAUCUUCUUUAUCCUCUCGGGCCUCUCCCUCGUGGUCGGGCUGGUGCUCUACAUCUCCAGCAUCAAUGACGAGAUGCUCAACAGGACCAAGGACGCAGAGACGUACUUCAACUACAAAUAUGGGUGGUCCUUUGCCUUCGCUGCCAUCUCCUUCCUUUUAACCGAGCCAUGCCCGCUGCUGCCAUUACAGCUCACAUCCUCGGCCUCCUCCAGUCUCUUUCUCUACCGCUGGGUCCUCUCCGGCUCCGCGCCCCACCGCAUCCUCAGUGAGGUUUCUGGAACCACGGGCUGCAUGCGUAAUGAAGCGCCACUCUGUCCGGCUUACAAAUGCACCCAUCUCCCUGUGGCCUUCAGGCUAUAA